GCGUAAUCUCGCGCGUCGGGGAUUGUGAUCACACAAGUGACAUGCUUGUUUGUUUGUUUGCUGGCGAUCUAUUCUUCUGCUGGCGACCCCACACUUCAUCCCUGCGACGCAGCCGAAGGCGACUCUCCCCCUCCUUUGCCUUCUGCUUCCGAGGUGGAGCCUGACACCCCGACUUCUCCAAACUGGAGCGCCGGCGAAGCAGACGGACAGGACCGGACCGGGACCAGCAGCAGAUCGGGGAGGGACCAUCCAGGUGGCAAGAAGAAGAAGGAGAGGGAUUUUUUUGUGUGUGUGUGGGGUGUGUGUGUGUGUGACGCGGCUGAACUGUUGAAUAAUCCUACAAAGCGGCUGCACGCGACAGAGCCUCGAGGAAAACAAAGAUGAAGUCUCUCCUCCUGCUGUCUCUUUUCGCCUCGGUGGCCGUCGGAAAGUCACCUCGGCUGAAAUUUGUUCUGCACGAGACCUCCAGGUUCCACUUCAACAAACCUGAGAACUACAUCAGCAUGUACCAUCAGGAGGGUAGUGACACGCUGUACGUCGGCGGCCAGGCGAUGCUCUACGUGUUAACGUUUACUGACAGAGGGGUCCGCGACGUGCAGAUCCCAGCGGCAUCUGAUCAGACUGCAAUUGAUACCUGCAAGGCAAAGGCUGCGCCACUCGAGCUGGAGUGUGAUAAUUUCAUCACCGUCAUUCAGAAAGUAAACGACACGUUCGUGGUAUGCGGAACAAAUGCCGGGAGCCCGAGGUGCUGGAUGCUGGUAAAUGACACCGUGCUGACUGAUGUCCAGGGCAGCGGGCAGAUAGCGUCGGCCUCUGACAUCUCACCCCCGUACCCUUCCCAGAGGUCCAUCAGCUUGCUUGCAGAUGGGAGUCUGUAUUCCGCCAUGUCCUCGGUGGGAGGUCACGCCGGCUCAAUCCGGCGUACGGUCGGCUCCCAGAAGCUCCUGAAGACGGAGAACAUUUGGCUGCUGAAUCCCCAGUUUGCUGGCGCCGCCAUAAUCCCGUCCUCGAUAAAGUUCAAGGAGGAGAUCUACUUCUUCUUCAGUGAGCUCAACAAGACAGCCAGAGUGGACGAGGAACCGUACAGGGCCCGCAUCGGUCGAAUCUGCACGGUGGACGAAGGGGGCAUUAAAGCCCUGCUGGCAGACUCGUGGACCACCUUCAUGAAGGCCCGGGUGAUGUGCGGCGCCGGCAACACUCAGCAGCAGUACAACAACCUGAAGCAGGCCGUGGUGCUGACGGCGCAGGACAAGAGAGCCGGGGUCAUGUAUGGCCUGUUUUCCAACGCAUGGGGCAGAACCGUGAUCUGUGCCUACUCCAUUGAAGAUAUUGACCAGGCCUUCUCUACAAGUAAACUGAAGGGCUACAGCAACCCAUUUAUUGGCAGUCGCCCUGGCAUGUGUGUCCGCAAAAACUCGACAGCAGGAGGCCACAAUGACCUCAAAAACCUGGGGGUUAUCAGAUACCACCCAGAAAUUGAGGAUGUCAUCCGGCCUGUCGGCGUGGCUCCACUUGACCUCCCCUCAGAUGACCAGAUAACACACGCGGUGGCGGACAUCGUCCUGGCAGUUAAUGAAGAGCACUACAGCGUCCUGUACCUUGGAACAGAACAAGGCAAAGUUCUCAAAGUUCUUCACACCAGCGAGGGGGUCUUCAUCGUUUCUCAGUACUCGCUGUUUCACAACGAGGGUCCCGUUUUAAACAUGGCCAUCGACUCCCAGAAGGGACAUCUAUACGUCGGUACAGCGAUGGAGGUCCAGCGACUGCCGCUGGCUGACUGCGGUCGCUAUGGCGACACAUGCAGGGAGUGCAUCCUUUCCCGAGAUCCGUAUUGCGGCUGGGACAGGGCCAGGAGGAAGUGCAUCGCCAUCCCGCCUGGAUACAACGUCACGUCUGGGACGCUCAUUCAGAAUCUGGACCAUUCCAACUCGUCGGUUUGCGGGGAGGCCGCUGCUCUGAAGCAGCGUCGAACUUCUCCCAGAGAAGUGAUGGUGCAGUCCAACACUUCUGUCUUCCUGCCCUGCCCUGUGCGCUCCUUCCACGCCACCUAUCGCUGGGAGAAGGAUAACUGCAUUAAGAACUACCCCUGCCUCUUCUCAGGGGACUUCUGCGUCCUGGGCCCGGUCAUCGACACGCCCCUCAAGGAAGGCAUCUUCCGAUGCAUGGCCACCGAGGACGGAUUCAAGGUGGAGGUUAUCUCCUUCAGGCUGGUGAACGAUGGCAGGCUCCUGGCCGCCUCCCUGGCCUCCACCUUGGGGCCGUCACUCCUUUUGGCCAUGGCCACCCUGUGGCUCCAUUAACUGCAGCUAACGCUAAUGCUAACCCCCCAUCCUUACUGGCUCCCAAUGACAGGAAAGACGAGGAGCCACUGUUAGGAGGUUAGGUUCGCAGAGCAUUGAACCACAUGAUUGGGUUGUAUGGUGCCAAUUUCCCCUUUUUUGAUUUUUAGAGAGAGUCCUGCAAAAAUGAGAGUGAAUGAUGAAUUCAGUUCUCUAUUUUUAGCAUAAAGAAACAUAUAGUAUCCGUAUCACCAGGAUCAGAACUGGAAGAUGCAUUAUUCUAUUCAAACUAAAGUGGCUAGGAGUUACUGUCCAUGAAUUGACAUGUCUUUGAACUUGAUUCACCCACAAUAAAGGUGCUUUGCAAACCUUUCCUCUCUGACUCAAAAAGAAACAUAUCCUACGAGUUCGGCAAAAAAAAAAGAAAGAAAAGAAACACCAAUACCAGGCCAGUUCUUUUUACCAUUUCUUUACUUAUAUUGAAAUUGACUUGAUCGUGCUUAUUUGUGAAUAUGUAAACCUUUAAUUCCAUCGUAUUGGCCAUCUUGUUAAAAUUAAUUGGCAUAGCUCAUUAGUACUUAGUAAAAUGUCUGGUAUUGAGAUUUAAAAAGCCUUAACACUUCUGGGACAUAAACUCCUAAGCACAAUUUUGCAGUCGAGGCAGAAUGCUGCAGACUCGGAUGCACUUGGCGCUAUAAUUAGUGCAGCUAAGUCCAACAACAUCACUGGGAGGAAGUGUCAGCAUUUUGACAGGAAGUAGGCGGAUGGGCAAGAGCCUGUUCUCGAACAUCACUGUGUCUCAGCAACUCCUCCUCAGGCGAGGCAGUUUCUUGCAUAUUUUUAUCAGAUGGUAUCAGACGUCAUCAUUACGCCUUGUUCACAGCUUUGUCCAAUAUUUUUCUUUUGACAUGCCAUUGUCUUGCCUCCUCCCCGGAUCAUCGGAGCAAAACUCUUCAACAGGAUGUGAACAACCCACAUCAUCACCCACAACUGCCUGGCAAAAGAAAUGUUGCUUAGUUUUAACAGCAAGGAGCAAAACACCCUCAGAAUCCUUGAGCAUUAAAUAAUCAAAUUCAUCUCUAUCCACUUACAUGAAAGUUUACUUCUGGAUUUUCUGUUGGGCGAUAUUCCGUGGAGAGACGAUGGUGACAUGUAAUGUCAGGCAGCAGUGAUUAUUUUUGCUUAUUCUGGGAAUGCCAAAAGUAAAAGAAAAAGAAAGGGGAACAGAGUGAACGGAAAUCUGCAGAUGAAAAUCUAAUUUCUGUCAACCUGACAGUGCAUAAAGACGUGAACAAGGUGUUACGCUAUGGCGUUCUCACAUUAUCAUAAGUUGCAUUUCAUAGAUUGUCAUGAGAAAAAAAAAAGAAGGCUUGUUAUUAGAUCUGUGAAGUAUUGUAUUUUAUUGCUCGCAGAUGCUGAUUUCUACCAUUGCUGCCUAUGUAUGUGACGAUUUGUCUUGAUGGUUUGGGUUUUUUAUGCCAUAGUUAGAAUGUGAUAUGUAACCAUUGACUGCUUAGCCUCUUUCCCCAGUGACACCAGUGGACGAGAAGACGUUUAUUAUUUCAUACUUGUAUCUUUAUGCUGUAAAACAAAUGGCUUGGAAGCAAGAAGCGUCCCUGAUGCACAGCAGCAACGCAAAAGAUUUUACAGAUAAAUCAACGCCGGAUUUAAAAAGAAAAGAAAUGUGGAUGUAUAGCUGCACUUCAACAGCCAAAAACUACGCCGAACCUAUUGAAUACUGAUCAGCUGACUGAGGAGGGAGGCUUGUGCGGUGAUGAAUUAUGCAGCGGAUUAGCAUGUUCCUCCCGAGCUUUUAGAAUUACCAUUCGGUAGUGUUACACAAAUCUGCCGGUGCCGAGCCUUCCACAGUGGCAGAAAUGUCAUUAGUAGCUCAUUAGUCAACGGAGCCGUCUCCUCGUGCACCACAUUAAAGAAUUUAUUUUACACCGUCAGGGAUGCGAGCAGCGAGCGUGUUCCCGGCUAUGAAAAUCUCCAGACGGUGUUGUGCUCCUCACUCAGCUCAGUUGUGCGUUGCUGCUCGGGGAUCUGCUUGCUUUCUGCAUUGCACUGAUGCGGGCUACUGACUGUGCCAGACAAAAAAAAAAAAAGGGGGGGGGGGGGACAAAAGCUAUGUUGAGCCUUCUCAUUUGCCCGCCACAUAUUUGCUUUGCUUUUCUUUUAGUCAAAGAAAUCUGGUAUCAUAAGCGUACUCUCUGCCCCAUGUCCAUACCGUAUACUUAGACACCCUUCAUCACAAGACAAAGAAGAAAAAAAAGCAUUGGACAUUUGUUCAAACGCUUUAAAAGUAGAACGACCAUGUUACUGCUGCAGAGCCUGAGAGUUGCAGUGGAUGGUUGGUGGGCGACGCACAGAUGUGACUUUGAGAUGGUCGGAGAAUCAUUUACUUUCGAUGUUGUUCUAUUUCAACCACGCAUGUCAUCUUUCCUUAACCUCAAUUAACCAAGUCGUUGUAGUUCCCUUAAGUUAACCAGAUCUUAAUUCUAGUGAUGACUGAUGACUUGUACAAUUACCGUAAAGUAUUGAGCAGCACUAUUAGGGUGGAGGAAAUACUCAGCUUGGCUUAGUAAAAGUAAUUUGAAAAUCAACUAAAAGUUUUAAGUUCAAAUCAUUUUCUUAAACCAUGGAAACAUAGUACGAUCACAAUAUGCAGAUAUGUAAGAUUCCGUAAAUUACGUUUUGUCCACAUUUUGCACAUUUGAUACAAUAAGAAAUAUUCAUGCAAAUUAAUAUCCAAAUCUUAAUCUGCUUAUUUAGCAGCAACUACAGCCAUCAGAUAAAUACUGUGGAGUGUAUAUAUUAGCAAACGUAUCAGUACUUCCCUGUAACUGUGGGCAAUUUUUUGGCAGAUAAAUGUAGUAGAAAUUAAAUGUAACAUUUGUAUUAGUAAUACAAUGUGCCAGUGGAUGUCAAAACUACAAAUUUGAAAAAAAAAAUAAAAUGUAAGGACUGAAUUCCUUUGUCAGACACUUAAAGCAAUUUACAGGCAGAGCAGAAAUGUUUUUGCAGGAUUUACUGUGGUCGCUGCAGCCAUUUUCUCUGAAAGGGUGUACUGAAACACAGAAUAGUGUAUAGAAUAUAAUGUGGAUUUGGGACAUGGGGGAGAGACGACGCGAGGUGUUGCUGUGAGUCCCCUCAGGAGGAGCUCUGGGCCUCAGGUGGUGUUAGGCCUCCAUCCUCAUCCUCGGCUCAGCAGUCACAGCUGUAGGGCUAACUGGUGGAGUUCAAAUAUACAGCAUUUACCAACAUCUCCGCUCCGCUCAAGUCCUUGCUUUGAUAUGGAUAUUCACGCGGCUGCUUUAUCGAAAUCCAGUUAUCAGUCACUCGCAUCCGCCAUCGUCCGCCAGUCCGAUAAAGGCUUAUCUCCUUCAAAGCAAGCUCUUGAUUUGCCUUCAGGAAACCAUCCUUUUGCUCUAAACGAUUCGACACCGAGCGAAGCGGGUCGCUGUUUUGUUUGCUCUGGGGUUUUGAGUGUCAAGUACUGUACAUGAUGUGUGCCCACGAUUCUGUGUCUCGAUAUAUCUAAUUUAUGCCAAACUCUAUUAUUAAAAGAGAAAAAAAAAGGAGAUUUAUAUUGGUACCAUUGCCAGUUUAAUGCCAUCUCAUAACAUGUAUUUUUAAAUAAAAUAUCUAUAGUGCAAUAGAUAUUCAUGUAACAAAUCCAUAUUGACAUGUGUUUCCCUGAACAUGUGCGGUGAAAAUUAAUAAAAAUAUACGUAUAAAGAAA